AUUCUAGUAUUAAGCAAGAGAAGCGCAAAACAGACGUGCGCAACCCACGUGUGCCAUUUACUCCCAGCACUGGGAUAAACCCCUCGAAAGCCCCUUCCUAUAAAACACAGUCUUAAGAACCUCGCUUCAAAUUCUUUCGUGAGCAACGAAAAUGGAGGUUGCAAUCCCCAUCGGACUAAACACUCCUAUCUUCUGUUCCAUACCAAUCACUCAAACCCCUCAAAACCUCACUUUCUUUCAAGUCCCCACGAGGCGCAGGCUCAAAAUCAGAGCUUCUUCUUCCUCUGCGAAUCCCGGCGGGUCUGGCUCCAAUGGCUUCUCUUGGUUCAGCCUUGCGCGCUCUUUCCGGCUCGGGUCGGAGCUGUUCUGGUCCAAAUUUGGGGAGUCGGUUAAGAAGGAAACAGGGUUUAAUUUGGAUGAGGCGAAUGUAAGGGUAAAUGAGCUGGUGGGACGAGUUAAGGAAGGGUUCAGGAAGGGCGAGGGUGAGUUCACUCGGUUGUGGACUGAGUUGGUUCCCGAGUUUGUUAGCUGGAACCGGUGGGAGCGCUGGAAGGAUAUCAAGAAUUGGGAGCCAAAACGGGUUACUGCAUUGAUCCUCUAUAUUUUUGUUGCAAUAAUUUCUUGUCAAAAACUGUAUGCUGUCGUGCGAGCUCCUCAACUAGGUCGAGAAAGAAAAGAAUUAACGGAGGCUUAUAUGGAGGCAUUGAUUCCUGAACCCUCUCCUAGUAAUAUUGGAAAGUUUAAGAAGAGUUUAUGGAGGAAGACAAUACCCAAAGGCCUUAAAUUGAAAAAGUUCAUUGAAGGACCUAAUGGAAUGCUUAUUCAUGAUAGUUCUUAUGUUGGAGAAAAUGCAUGGGAUGACGAUCCAGAGCCUUCUAAAGAGAAUGUGAAACAAAUUAUUGACAAUGAUGCAAGAUUAAAUGCAGAGGAAAAGGAGGAGUUAAGUAAAGACUUGGGCUUCUCAGGUGAAAUUCCAGUAAGUAUGGGAACAUGGCGUGAAAGGCUUCAAACAUGGAAGGAGAUCCUCAGAAAGGAAAAGUUAUCUGAGCAAUUAGAUUCCAUAAAUGCCAAGUAUGUAGUUGAAUUUGACAUGAAAGAGGUGGAAAACAGCCUUCGCAAGGAUGUAGUUGAAAAGGUAACAGAAACACAGGGAACUAGAGCUCUAUGGAUAUCUAAGAGAUGGUGGCGAUAUCGUCCUAAACUCCCUUACACUUAUUUUCUUCAAAAACUUGAAUGCUCUGAGGUUGCUGCUGUUGUUUUCACAGAGGACUUGAAAAGAUUGUAUGUAACAAUGAAAGAAGGUUUUCCAUUAGAAUAUAUUGUCGAUAUUCCCCUUGAUCCUUACUUAUUUGAGAUUAUCUCAAGUUCUGGAGUUGAAGUAGACCUCCUUCAGAAGCGACAGAUCCAUUAUUUUCUGAAAGUUGUGAUUGCACUGGUGCCAGGAAUAUUAAUUUUAUGGCUUAUUAGGGAGUCUGCAAUGCUUCUUCAUGUCACCUCCAAGCGUUUUCUUUACAAAAAGUAUAACCAACUAUUUGAUAUGGCUUAUGCAGAAAACUUCAUACUGCCUGUUGGAGAUGUUGGUGAAACAAAAUCCAUGUAUAAAGAAGUGGUAUUGGGGGGUGAUGUUUGGGAUCUUCUUGAUGAGCUGAUGAUUUAUAUGGGAAAUCCCAUGCAGUACUAUGAAAAAGAUGUUCAGUUUGUUCGGGGUGUUCUUCUCUCUGGACCUCCUGGGACGGGAAAAACACUUUUUGCACGAACACUAGCAAAGGAAAGUGGGCUGCCUUUUGUUUUUGCUUCUGGUGCAGAGUUUACAGAUAGUGAAAAAAGUGGCGCAGCUAGGAUCAAUGAGAUGUUUUCUAUAGCAAGGAGAAAUGCACCUGCAUUUGUAUUUGUUGAUGAAAUCGAUGCCAUUGCUGGAAGGCAUGCAAGAAAGGAUCCACGCAGAAGGGCAACAUUUGAAGCUCUCAUUGCUCAGCUUGAUGGGGAGAAGGAAAAAACUGGUGUUGAUCGGUUUUCACUCAGACAAGCGGUGAUAUUCAUCUGUGCCACCAAUAGGCCAGAUGAAUUGGACCUUGAAUUUGUUCGCCCCGGGCGCAUUGAUCGUCGUUUAUACAUUGGUUUGCCAGAUGCAAAGCAACGGGUGCAGAUAUUUGGUGUGCACAGUGUAGGAAAGCAACUAGCUGAAGAUGUGAACUUUGAAAAGCUUGUGUUUCGCACAGUUGGUUUUUCUGGGGCAGAUAUUCGAAAUCUUGUUAAUGAAGCAGCAAUAAUGUCAGUGAGAAAAGGACAUUCCAAGAUCUUCCAGCAAGAUAUUAUUGAUGUGUUAGACAAACAAUUGCUUGAAGGUAUGGGUGUACUCCUUACGGAGGAAGAGCAACAGAAAUGUGAAGCAAGUGUAUCUUUUGAAAAGAAGAGACUUCUGGCUGUUCAUGAAGCUGGUCACAUUGUUUUAGCUCACUUGUUUCCGCGAUUUGAUUGGCAUGCAUUUUCUCAGCUCCUGCCUGGUGGCAAGGAAACUGCAAUAUCUGUAUUCUACCCCCGUGAAGACAUGGUAGACCAAGGUUAUACAACAUUUGGCUACAUGAAAAUGCAAAUGGUGGUAGCUCAUGGUGGACGUUGCGCUGAACUUCUUGUGUUUGGUGAUGACUUAAGUGAUGGUGGAAGGGAUGAUCUGGAAAGGAUAACAAAGAUUGCAAGGGAAAUGGUGAUCAGUCCACAAAACGCAAGGCUAGGGCUUACGCAACUAACAAAAAGAGUGGGACUGUUGGAUCGACCAGAUAGCCCAGAGGGUGAAUUAAUAAAAUAUAGGUGGGAUGACCCUCAUGUAAUUCCUGCCAAUAUGACGCUUGAAGUAUCUGAGCUAUUUACUCGAGAGUUGACAAGGUACAUUGAAGAGACAGAAGAGCUUGCAAUAAAUGCUUUGAAAGACAACAGGCACAUACUGGAUAUGAUUACAAAGGAACUGUUGGAAGAGUCAAGGAUAACAGGAUUGGAAGUUGAAGAGAAAAUGAAGGGACUCUCUCCAGUGAUGUUUGAGGAUUUUGUCAAGCCAUUCCAGAUCAACUUGGAUGAGGAGGGACCAUUGCCUCAUAAUGAUCGUUUACAAUAUCAACCUGUGGACAUAUAUCCUGCUCCCCUUCAUAGAUGUUAAUGGUCCUAAAUUUCAGUGACAAAUCCUGGCAUGCAAGUAUAAUGGUUGCUUUGGUUGAUGGACAUUAAGAGGCCAGAAAUCCUGCUUCACCCCCAAAAUUUUCAUAAUUGUAUCACCUGACAUAGGGAUUUUGAUGGUUGCUUGAGUUAUUAAAUACAAAGAGGCCUGUUUACUUUCUCUGUUGUGAAAGCUUGCUAAUUAGGAUGUUCAUAGUCAUGAUUGAAUAAUUAUCCUGAAGUUCAUUGAAGCUUUCAUAAAUGCUAGAGGUCUUCCUGUUAAGAUUUUUCAACAAAUUUGAAUCUUGAUUGCUAGAAUUGAUUUGAAGAUCUUGAUAUCCAUCGGUUAGCCAGCUCCACGCUGUUCGUUCAACUAUAGAAGGAAAUCCAGGAAUGUAGCUGUGGUCGGCAAUGAGGCAAGCAUCAUAUUUAAUGGAUUCUUUUACUGUAGCUUUGCUGUAUUCUUUUGUUUUCCUGAAUUUUAAAUGGUGCUUUUGCUGAAAGGUUUGUCAAUUUGCAUUCAGAUUUAGUUGUGAAUCUUAUUCUUCAUAGCAGUUUACGUGCAGAAAAAGAAAAAGAGAACUUGUAUUAUGUCUUGAGUCUUUAAAUAAGAAAUACAUUGUUUCUAAGCCAUGUUGCUUUCU